AUGGCAAAUGGCGUAGAACACGACAGUCUCUUGGAGUCCGAGCGACCACAUCCGCCGAGCAUGUCUUCGGGUAGUCCAGCAAUCAAAAUCCACUUCGAAACAUUCGAAAUGAAUUCUUCCUUUCCAGUAGAUUUAAACGCGAGUAUAAAUUCGAUGAGUCUUCCACAAGCCGUCCGAGAAAAUAAGUUAGCCCUCGUCAGGCAGUAUUCUCAUAUGGGACAAGAUUUAAACGUCGCUGACUGGAAUGGUUUUACAGCCCUCCAUUACGCUGCCCGCGCCAACCAGGUUGAAGUGGUGAUGACGCUGGUCGAGUGCAAAGUGGACAUCAACCAACAAGGACGAGAGUUACUAACGCCAUUACAUGUAGCAGUGCGGUAAGUUUUUCUUGAACUUUGCUUCAGUAAACAUGAUUUGAACAAAGUUUACACACUGGAUUGAUUAAUCAAAGUUAUUUAACAUCUUUAUUAGCUUGCGAACAACAUAUUGCCAGAUUUUUUAAAUAGAUUUAAAUGGUCGAUAAAGCCAUAGAGUAUUUUUGCCGCAACAAAUCAGUAAAAAUCUGUUCUUGUGUGCUACACACAAGACUUUUAUUGUUACCAGUUCAAAAUAAAAAGCAGUAAGAAAAGCUUAUUAACCUUGUUUUGCAUCACACCUGAACAAAACAACCACGAGCAAAAUACAACUUACUUUAUUGCUAUCAUUUUUUUAAAGCUAAUCCUCAAUUUCCCUUUAAAAAAAUGUUAUUUUUCAUCAAUAUAAUUCGAUCGGACCUUAACUGCAUACUAAUUUGGCUCAUAGUGACAUAACAAAGUUGGACGGUUGAUGCUUGAGACCGCAACCGGUCCUACCUAGAUUAGCCAAUCAGCGAUGAAGAAUUGGUUUAGCCAAAGACCUACCCGUCCGAGAACUCUUAGAGACUUUACAUAUAGAGAAGAUUCUCACGAUCUGCACUAAGUUGUUUGGCAGAGAGUUCACUCAGUUUUUGGCUGACGCAGCACAGCUCUUAGGGACUUAGUAACCCAUUGUUAUAAUCUUUUGUUUUGCGUUGCUUCAGAAACAUGCCUGGGCAAGUUGGAAUUGCGCUAAGCCCCGUCUAAAUAAACAAGCGUAUUAUUGCUUUAUUCUUACAAGGCUAUCAAGCCGGCUGUUGGAAGAGAAGAAAUAUGUUAGGUCUGGGGAGAUUAAUUGAAUUUUACCGUUAAUUUUAGUUGUAAAGGGAGCUACAUUUAGUCACAAUUUAUUAUUUUGUAAUUACGGAGUUCUUGUUUACCGAUCGUCUCGUUACUAUAUAAGAGGGUGGAACAAUACCAUCUGCCGCUUGCUGCCUUUUUUUUUCUCCCGUUUUAAUUUGGUUAAUGAAGCAUUGAUGAGCAUAACAUUCUUCAAAAGAAAAUACGCGUUUUGUUGUAAGAGGGAGAAAAUAUUUCAACGUUCGGGAAAAAUGCCAGAAAAUCAACCACAAAAUCAAAGAAAAGCUGUUCGUCAAAAAAGAUUUUGAGUGAAAAUGAAUUAUCAGCGGCGGGCGAAAACUGGGUACGAGAAUGAUCACUUUUUCAUGCCCAGUUUCAACGCAGCACCAAUGCCACGCUGAAACUAUCGAAUAGGGAGUACUGGUAAUUUACCACGAUGCAAAAUCAUGAGCAAUAACUUCGUAUCUGAGUUGGGAAGACAUCAAUUUGCCGCAGUAAAGACGUAUUUCUUAUUUAGCUAGCUGUUCAGCCAAGCUGAUCACUAAUUUAUCGCGGAGAUUUUCAAUCGAUGUUUAGAUGUGCGGUGCACAGUGAUUUGACUAUGUAGUUUCUUGUUUACUGAAGAAUACUAUAGAUUGUUCAAUACCAUUGCUAGUCUUAAAGUCGCGCUCAAAAAGUUAAUUUGGCCCUUCGCGUUGUAAGAGGCCGAUUCAUUUGAGCAGCACGCAAACUUCUGUUUUCUAGGCCUGAAGCUUAAGCUCAGCAUACUUUUAUCUUUCCUAACAGCUACAACAGCUAUGAAGCUGUUAAGACACUCAUUGAGUAUGGUGCCGACCCCUCCAUGAAAGAUACUGACGGUGCAACCCCGCUCCACUUUGCGGCUCGCCAUGGUUGUGUAGACUCGUCAAAAGUUCUGCUCAGUAACAGUCUAUCAUCUGUUAACUUUCAAGAUAACAGCGGUAUGACGCCAUUUCACUUAGCCUGCGCUAGUGGCAAGCUCGAGUUAUGUGAGCUGUUCCUGGAACAUAAGGCAAACAUCCGAGUGCGCUCUGUGGAAGAAAAGAGCCCUUUGCAUCUUGCUGCGUUACACGGAAACGAAAGGAUCGUUAAACUCUUAGUCAAAGAAGGUGAGUCUGAAAACUAUUUGAACCCUAAAUAAUAAGAACUUUUGUGCAUUAGCGCCGCUCAAAUAUCUAUCCCAUGCGUGAAAAUACCAUACAAAUUUUUAUCUAGCUAUAUAAUUUUUUUCACAGUUUAUUUUUCCUUUUUUUUUGCAUUUAUUUUUCUCAAGAGAAAACUAAAGAGAAAUGAAGAGAAAUAAGGGCUUUCAUUAUUUCCGUUUGAUUAUCAGUUAAUCUUUCAGUAAACAGUGUAUAGGAGCAAAUCAUGGCUUCCCUAUAGAGCUUUCCUCUAGUGUAUCUCUACUUGUUUUGAAACAAGUAUUAAACUGUGCGUGCACACAUCUUAAACGGCUGCGCCAGAUAGGUAGGGAAUUUGCUACAACAUUUUUGCCUCGACGUAUUUGACCAUCGUUUUCCUGUUCCAGCUUUUCUUGAGUUUGGGAACCCGUUAAUCUACAUCGAUGCGCCUGACUUCGAAGGAAACACUGCUCUUCACUUAGCCUGUCAGAAGGGCCACAAGGAAACUGCAGAACUUUUGUUAAGUCAAGGAGCUGAUAUGAUGGAUGGUCUGGAGACAUUUGGAGAAUCAAGUGUGCACUCUCCCCUGCACCUUGCAGCUGCCUAUGGUCACAUGGAUAUUGUGGAGCUUUUGAUAUCGCAUGGUGCUUUUGUUGAUAGUAGAGAUGAGUGGCAAAGAACUCCUCUUCAAAGGUGAGAAAAGUGCACUGUAAUCCUUUCAAGAGAUCAGUGUCAAGUAAGUAAACUAGAUAAAAAAAAGAUACUCUCUUAUUGAAAGAUGAUUUGGGUUUUUCAACUGAGUUGAUAAUGUGCAUCGGCCACAGUGAAGAGUUUCUAAAACAGAUGUUUUGAGUGUUAGCCCUUCUUUGUCAGAGCGACUCUUCGUUGUGGCGAUGAGAUUUCUCCACCAAAAAUUCAAAAUAAUAAAGAGCCAGGAUGUUAAGUUUAUUUGUCCUAAUUUUUGGGCAACGAGAAAUCUAACUCCUUUAUAAUAUUUUCUAUCGUAACUGUUGCUUGUGUAGAGCUGCUGAAUUUGACCGUGUGGACACCGUCAAGUUCCUGCUGGAGAACGGAGCGGACAUUGACGCCAAGGACAACGAAAACCGCACUGCGUUCGUUUUGGCAGUGAAGCGAGGCAGGACCAGAACUGCGGAGCAACUUCUAGAUUCUGGGGCUAACUUCAAGUCGCGCGAUGCGUCGCUUAGGACCUGUCUACACCUUGCUGUGAAACAUAAACGAGAAGAAACUCUUCGCAUGCUCCUUGAUCGAGAUCAAGGCCAGUUGAUCAACGAAACAGACAAGGAUUUACAGACGCCUUUGUUUUACGCGGCACAUAAAGGAAAUUUGAAGGUAAGGGUAUUCUAGACAGCCAAUCUCUGUUGAUACCUCCUUCAAAGCAUUUUCUCGUGCUGUUAGAUGACUCUGAUAAGUGAUUGGCUAUUACAUUCUGGUGCACUUAUUGCCGCGCUACGCUGUUGGUAACAAGUAUUUAUGCAUUUGCACAGCUGUAAAGUACAUCACAAAGUCUUUAUUAACUUGAAACGUCCAAUGAUAAUCACCAGAUCCUUCAACUGCUGAUAGAAAAGAAGUGCACGGUGGCUCCUAAGGACGUAAUGGAUCGGACCCCAUUGCAUGCCGCCGCAGAACACGGUCACGUGGCCUGUGUGGAGGUGCUUUGUUUGGCUGAACAAGGCCACAUUAAUGACAAAGAUGAACGUGGGCUUACACCUCUUCACUUAGCAGCGCUUGGAAGCCACAGGUUCUUUUUUUAAUUUAUAAUCACUCAUUACCCGUCUCUCCCCUACUUGCUUGAUUCGUGCAUUCGUGUCACCAGUUUACACCGCUUAGUAUAAAUAAUACUUGCAACACAAAACAGUGGUUCUUCAUCAUUUGAUCCAUAUUUUAGAGUUCUAAAUUCUGGAGAUAUCAAAAAUCGCUAGCAUUCAAUUCGUUUCUUUCUCACCGGCUGGCACAAAAUGUACAAAUAAAAGUGAGCCAGUUACAAAGAGAAGUUGUUUUCCAUUAGGUUCGAACUUUAUAUCCUCAAAUGUGAGCUUUGCGCGCUCUUCUGCCUAUCCUUAAAGAACAUGUCUAAAGUCUACCCAGCAUACCCGCACAAGACUUAUGUUAUUGCGUUUGUGCUGCUUAUAGGAAAACAACAGUUCUUCUCUUACACUUGGGUGCCAAUCCCAGUAUCCAAGACAGCAAUCGUUGGACAGCCCUGCACCAUUGCGCCUCUGGUGGAUGCCCACGCACUACUCAAGCACUGCUGUCGUAUCAAUCCGCGAGUGCCAUUGAUGCAGGCGAUCAAAAUGGCGACACCGCGCUUCACGUGGCCGCGAAGUACGGUCACGUCAACGUUUUGGAGCUUAUGUUAUCACGUGGUGCUGAUAUCACUGCACGUAAUAAGCAAAUGUUGACGUGUUUGGAUGUUGCUAUCUCGUGUAACAUGGAAAAUGUGGCUGAGGUUAUUCUUGGGAACCCCAAGUAAGUCCAGAAAACCAUUUAUCAUCAGUAUGCAUAUUCUCCAUACAUUUCCUAAGGUACUGACAAAGAGAAUUUGUCAAACAAUCAAGAGUUUGUGAGUAUGAAAGCGAUCUUCGAGAGUUUCUUCGGUUGGUGAUCGUUUUCCUUAUUCUCAGGACCUUAAUGUUUGAUUCAGGGGGAUACUGUAGAGAGAAAUUAGAUGCUGAUCACUCUUAGCGGUUAAAGGGUUAAUAAGGAGAAAAGCGCACCGAAACCAUCUUUGGUUCAUGACUUCUGACAAUCUUUGACAAGUUAUGGCAACCGUUGGAUUCUACAGGUAAAGAAGCAACGGAAAUCAGAUCACAUUCAUCCUCUGCAUUUCAGUUCUAAUCAUUUUGAAAGUUCAAGGGUUUGGGGCAUUUGUCUGCCCAAUAGAAUCCUAAGUUGAUGCAUUUUCAACACCAUUUUGGCCCUUAGGAUUGAGCCAAAUACCUCAACGAUGUAAGGUAGUGUAAGUAGUGUAAGUUGGAUGUUUUAGGUGACUGACUCAAAAUGUCUCUCUGUAUUAGAAACAUUUAAACCAUUGUUUAAAAUCGCUGAUGACUGCCUGUUUUUCAGGUGGAUGAGCUUGUUUGAAUACACGGUCGACAGGGGAGCAAAUCCACUGAAGAACUUAAUCAAGAGCAUACCCAGACUUGCACAGGUUGUCAUGGAUAAAUGUGUAACCUGCUCCGAUGAUCAGCGGGAUGACCCUGACUAUUCCAUAACCUUCGACUUCAGUAUUCUUUCUGGUCCAGGAGAUAAGGAAGACCCAAGAACUUCUGAAGGUCCACGCUUUUUUGCCCCUUCCUACAUGGUCCAGUACGAGCGCGAAGGACUUCUCAUGCACCCAUUAUCGCAGGUGCUUCUUCAGUGGAAGUGGAAUACCAUGGGAAGGCCGUUAUUUGCGAUAAACUUUUUGUCCUACCUCGCUUUUGUUGUGCUGUUGUCUGUGUUCAUGAUAGCGGAACGAGGAAAGCUGAGGUUAUUCAAUCCUGGCGCAGAGGACUUCCAGGAUGAUGAAACCGAUCAACUAUUUCGGUCUAGAAGUGGGCUAUCAGCUGGAGCUCCUGUUUUGAUUCUGAUCUUUAUCUGCAUUCACAUGAUCAAAGAAAUUUACCAAAUUGCUAUUCAGAAAUGGAGAUAUCUAACUCAUGUCACAAACUAUAUUGAAUGGUGUUGCUAUUUGUGCACUAUUUGUUUUGUGUCUCCCUAUCUCGGGAGAGGAAACAUUUUCAAGGGUACAAUGACGAUGUGGCCUCUUGCCUCAGCCGUGAUUCUAUUAUCGUACACAACCUUGAUCCUGUUCCUGAGACGAUUCUAUUACGUUGGUAUCUACAUCUCAAUGCUCAUUGAGGUUACCAAAACACUUUUCAAAGUGAUCAUCAUUUUCAUUCCAAUGUUAUUUGCUUUCAACCUGACCUUCUUCAUUCUACUAAAAGAGCAGGUGGGUAUUUCACAUGACUUAAGUAUAAAAACGACCUGGCAUAGGCCUGAAAAGGGCGCUUUUCGAUUGAGUGUCGGAAAACCAAGACCAAAGAUAUCACAAUAACUAAUCAUAACAAGGAAAAUAUUUCAAGGAGCCAAUGAGAAUCGGAAAAAUCAAGACCAAAGAUAUCAUUGGUUUUAGCAAUAUGAUUGGCUAAUCCAAUUUCAUAACUGAGUAAAGCAAAACCAAAGCAACCCCGGAUUACUUAAGACGCUUGUUGUAAAAUUUUACCAAAUUUCUUAGAUUCAACAUUGUUCUAGACUUUCGCGCGCUACAUUGCGCGCCAUAAUCUAGUUAACUCUAGUUAACUAAUCUAGUUAAACCGCGCCAACUGCCUGAGGCGGGACAGAACGUAUCGACAUCGUGCACUUGGUGGGUCUGAUCGGUUAAAAGGAUAUCCGUAGUUAUCUGGACCAAUCACAAGACGCAGUAAGGAAAAAACAAUUCCAUCUCGGAUUACUUCCAACUCCAAAACUUAAUUGAAAUGGCUUUAUUAAAAUCACACCAACAUCUACAUACAGUUUAACUGUUUUAAUAAAUUUAAUGAUCGUUUGAAAUCAAACUAUCACUAGUGAAGACCUCAUUUCUCUCGUUUCCAGGCCACUUUCCGCAAUCUGUUCUGGUCCUUUUGCAAGACGUUUAUAAUGAUGAUCGGGGAGGUUGAUUACGGCUCCAUUGUGGUCGAUGCGAAGGCGGAGAUCAACGACGAAUCUGGUGCCCCUCUUGUACACCUGCCAGAGUUCACUGCCAUCAUUGUGUGCUUGUUCUGUAUGAUUGUGUCUGUUCUGGUCAUGAACCUAUUGGUAAGUGAAGACUUGGUGGGAGGGGAGAGAAGGGCUAUUAGUACCUUGACUCUUGGGUACAAGAUGGCGCGUCAUCGUUCUUAAAAUUUUGAUCUUUUGUGUUAUAAUUAUAGUUCUAAAAAAACGGCAACAUCUUAAUCCUUUACGAACAUCAUGGAUUUUAAAUGUAGUAUUUCAUUAAAUGUUUCUCAACGCUGAACAAAAUUUAAAAAAAAAAUAGUGACUCGCUUUCUGGCCGUCAAUUAGGUUCUUAAGUCACUUCCCCUCCCCUUCUCCAGUUCCAAACGCCUUAGUAAUUCACAAACUUCCGCGGAACGUAUUGAAUCGUUCACCAGUGAGUGGUAGUGUUGUCCAAAAGUUACAAACUUUGUAACACAUACAUAUGCCAGGAAGUAUAUGAACUGGUUCAACUUCUUUUCUGAAUUCUUUACAUUUCAAGCGAACCUUUAAAUUUUGUUUUAACAUUCUCUUUUAAUUACUUACACUGUAGAACUAAAGUUAUUUGGGAAAAUGCAUGGCCUGUACACAGUUUAAAAGAAACAUUAUAUCCACAUUAUUAGCGAGCUUUAUAAUCCAAAAACAAAACACAACAAACAAACAAAAAAGCCCAAGAAAUGAAAAGUUUACGAGUUUCCUUUGCCAGGAUUGGAACCUUGAAAAUCCCGCACAUGUCCCUGACCAGUGUUCACAUUUAAAAAUGUCUCAUCGCAGGUGGGUUUAGCGGUUGGAGACAUUGACAGCAUUCAACGUAAUGCCAACAUGACGAGGCUCGCCAUGCAAGUUGAAUUCGUAUGUGAUAUUGAUCAACGAUACCCACGUUGGCUGAGAAAGUAUUGGCAUAGAUCCGUUCUUGUUUUAAAGCCGAACGGAAAAAAUGCGUUCUCAUUGUAAGUGCAGCAUUCAUUCAUUUUUUUAGUAUAAGUUUUUUACCCAUUUUUUUUUAUUUUUUAUUUUUUUUUAUUUGGACUUCAGCAGCGUAUGUUGGUUUUCACUGACUCAAUAAUAAAACAUCCAAAUGAAUUUUAGCCUGUUCCAGACGCUCGGUUGGUAAAACGAGGACUGAACCGACUCAAACCUCGACCCUUUUCCACUCCGCCUCUUCCAUCAAGACGUUUCUGUCUUUCGAUCCAAUCUACCUCCCGGAAACCUGGAACGGUCUCGUACCCAGACCUUUCACGCCCAAGCGGUUGAACACUUCAGUUACAGUUACAUGGUAGGAUAUGGGUACGAGAUAAGGGUUGAAUCAUCCCAGGGUUUUUCUUUUCUUUAAUCUUUGUCCCUCAUACUUCUUCAUAUAUAUAUAUAUAUAUAUAUAUAUAUAUAUAUAUAUAUAUAUAUAUAUAUAUAUAUUUAUAUAUAUAUGUAUGUAUGUAUGUAUGUAUGUAUGUAUGUAUAUAUUAAUUUAUUCAUAUGUUUAUUUACUUUUGGCAGCCUGUUACAUAUAAAUCGGAGGCUUUUUCCCAUGCUUGAAAACUUUAUAAAUGGGCAAAAGGAAAGUGAAGUUGAAGAGGAUGAAGGAACCAAGAAAAUAUCCAUGGAGAUCACCAAACAACAAGAGCAGAUUAAGUUUUUACAGAAAACUGUUGAAGAACAAUCAAGACUUCUUCAGGAAAUUUCUCAUCAGCUGAAACAGACCGCUCAUUCGACGGCCACAGCGGAGGAUACCAGGCUGUAG